ACUCACGUAACGAGAAACCCUAAAAGCUCGAUUGUGUCUUUCUCUUUCGUUAGCUACUCUCUACGGUUUCAGUUUCUUCCCUCCCUGUCUCAGGAACAAACAGUUGCUGCGGAAAUUGAAAAUGGCCCCAAAGAAAGGAGUCAAAGCGGUUACCAAGAAGAAGCCGGAGAAAGUAACAAACCCACUUUUUGAGAGGCGUCCAAAACAGUUUGGAAUCGGGGGUGCAUUGCCACCGAAGAAGGAUCUCACGAGAUACAUCAAAUGGCCAAAGUCCAUCCGCCUCCAGAGGCAGAAGCGUAUUCUUAAGCAGAGGCUUAAGGUCCCACCAGCACUCAACCAGUUCACCAAGACCCUUGACAAGAACUUAGCAACUUCUCUCUUGAAGAUUCUCCUCAAGUAUAGGCCUGAGGACAAGGCAGCCAAGAAGGAACGUCUUCUCAAGAAGGCUCAGUCUGAAGCCGAGGGAAAGCCUGCUGAAUCGAAGAAGCCAAUCGUUGUGAAGUAUGGUCUUAACCAUGUUACAUACCUCAUUGAGCAGAACAAGGCGCAACUUGUGGUGAUUGCUCAUGAUGUGGACCCGAUUGAGUUGGUUGUCUGGCUGCCUGCACUCUGCAGGAAAAUGGAAGUUCCUUACUGCAUUAUCAAGGGGAAAUCAAGAUUGGGAGCGAUUGUCCACCAAAAAACAGCAGCUUGCUUGUGUUUGACAACAGUGAAGAACGAAGACAAGAUGGAGUUCAGCAAAGUCCUUGAGGCCAUUAAGGCAAAUUUCAACGACAAGUAUGAAGAGAACCGGAAGAAGUGGGGAGGUGGGAUAAUGGGAUCCAAAUCACAGGCCAAGACUAAGGCUAAGGAGAGGGUUCUAGCCAAAGAAGCUGCUCAGAGGAUGAAUUAGACUAUCUUCCUAGAUAUUCACCUUUUUUUUUUUGAUGAAUCUAUUUUUUUUUAUGUUUUACAUGAAAGUUUUUGUUUUAGCUUGUUGGGUCUCUCUUUAUGUCAUAUGCUUUUUGCCUGAAUAUUUGGACUUUACUUUUUGAUAAGACUGAUAAAAAGAAGCAUUUCUCUGAA